AUGGUGCUCCUCAACGGCAUCAAGUACGCCUGUGAGCGCUGCAUACGCGGCCACCGCGUCAGCGCGUGCACCCACACCGACAAGACGUUGGUCAUGAUCAAGCCCAAGGGCCGCCCGGCGUCCCAGUGUACACACUGCCGCGAGCAGCGCAAAAUCAAAAACGCACACACGCUGUGCCACUGCGGCAAGAAGGGCAAGUCGCCCGGGCAGCACUUGGCGUCGUGCCUGUGCCACAAGAACUCCCACUGCACGUGCGUGGCCAAGGACAAGAAGCCGCCCGUGGCGCCGCGGAAGCCGCCCAGCCCGGACGUGGCUGCGCUGGACUCGGGCGACGCCAGCCACAGCGAGGCCAGCCAGCUGCAGAGCGACUUUCUGCGCGGCCCGGCCGGCGCCGCGUCCAAGCAUGACCUGGACUUCCUCAUCGAGGACAUCGCGUUGCCCUUCGAGACCAACCAGGGGCUCCUCGACUACUUCUCGUCGCUGGACCAGUUCCCCAGCGGCACGCCCGAGCACGCGCCGGCAGAGCCGCUCGCCGGCCCGCCCGUGGCGCCCGCACACAUGCUGCAUGCCCAGCCCGGGCCCGGCCCGCCGAACCCGCCCCCGCCCAACGCCCCCUACCACGGCUUCGGGGAGGCCUUCCCUGCCGGGCUUGCCGGCGCUGCGCUCCCGCGCCGGCCGCCGCCGCCGCAGGACCGGGACACGGCCUACUUCCCGCACUCGCCCUCCGACACGGACUUGGACCUCAUGGAGAACAUGUUUCCGCUCUUCCCCUUGGUCGGCUUCAACUCGUUCGAGCACGACAGAUCGCUCCCGCUCCUGGGCUUGCCCGAGGGAAGCAACCACCUGGACCCCUCGCGGGGCCCCGACCCGCACAGGACGGGCACGCAUGGCGUGUCCCUGCCCUAUUCCGUGCUGGCUAGCACGUUCAAGACCGACGGGCCGCACACGUCGCUCAGCCGCAACAGGAGUGGCUCCUCUCAACCCAUAAACUCAUCUAUUCAAACAAGCCUACAGUCGACGCAUCCAUCCUCGGCCUCCCUCACCAACAUAAACUCGGGCGCCACGCACCACCCGCGGCCUCUAAAGCCGUCGUCUUCAUUCACAGUGGGCUAUCAAAGCAGCAGGCCCAAGCGGUCCGAGAGCGUCAUGUCCGCGGCGUCCACGUCCUCGAACACGAGCAAACAGAAUUUGUUCGAGUCCUCGCAGAUCAGCCAGCAUAACUUCCCGAAGGCACAGACCUCCGCCGCAUACCCACCUUUCAAUCUCGACAACAACUCGACCGACGACUUUCAGACCGCCAGUUACAACUCGCCGGGGCUUUACAACGAGAACCGUCUGUUGCCCAUCUUAAGCGACGAGGAAGCUCCGAGAAACUGGCAGUUCAGCGGGAACGUAACGCCGCAGUCAUCCAUGCCUUCGAGACAGGUUCUGCAGACACGAAGAAAGGCGUCCCUUUCCCGUUCGCAUCUGCAGCUACACCACAACUCCAUGUCGAAAGACCACGCGCUAUAUUCGGUUAAAGCCGGCUCUUCGGUGGAAAAUUCACCGCAGAAGAUCCUUGAAAAAAGGUUCAUCGGCUACGACGAUACCGCGGCAAAGAGAACACCAGAGCUUGACUCGUAUCUACGCGAGGUCACUGAGGAGUCUACCGCAUUUCCGCCCAGGGACAAUGUCUCCGUCGCUCAAACCGCACUGUUUCCCCAACUUAACGAUGAUUUCAACAUUGAAGACCCAGACUUCUCAUUGAUACCGAUGUAUCAGGAGCUUUUUGAGACUACACAACCUUUGCAGAAUGGUCUAUGA